UCGCGCACGACUAAUAUAAAGCCCCCGGAGCCGCUUGGACUCAAACCUCGCCGCCGCCUCCGUCUUCUCAUCCCCUCUCCUCCCCUCCCACUAAACCCGCACCCGAAGCAGCGCUCCUAGGGUUUGCUCCACCCCCAGCCCCACCCUCCGAUUCCGAGGCGGCGGCUGCGAGCGAGCGAGCCUGAGGCAUGGCGGGGUACCCGGAGGACAACCAGCACGCCCUGAACGGGUACGAGGAGGAGGAGGUCGACGAGGAGGAGGGCCACCCCGGGAGGCGGGGAGGCCGGGAUGGGGGCGUCGGGUACGGUGAUGCCGGCGGAGAGGACGGGAGGGGCGCGGGCGGCGACUCGUCGGGGAAGAUUUUCGUCGGAGGCGUUGCUUGGGAGACUUCUGAAGAAACGUUCUCCAAGCAUUUUGAGAAGUAUGGGGCAAUAGUUGAUUCUGUAAUUAUGAAGGACAAGCAUACUAAGAUGCCUCGUGGAUUUGGAUUUGUUACAUUUUCUGAUCCAUCUGUUAUAGACAAGGUUUUGGAGGAUGAGCAUGUUAUAGAUGGCAGAACGGUUGAAGUCAAGAGGACAGUCCCGAGGGAAGAAAUGUCAACCAAAGACGGCCCCAAGACAAGGAAGAUCUUCAUUGGUGGGCUCCCACCAUCACUAACUGAGGAUGAUUUGAAGGACCACUUCUCUUCAUAUGGUAAGGUGGUUGAGCAUCAGAUAAUGCUUGAUCAUAGCACUGGGCGUUCAAGAGGGUUUGGUUUUGUCACUUUUGAAAGCGAGGAUUCUGUUGAAAGGGUCAUAUCUGAGGGUAGAAUGCGUGAUCUUGGUGGGAAGCAGGUUGAAAUAAAGAAGGCUGAACCAAAGAAACAUGGGUCUGAUCACAGUAGCAAUGGGAGAUCUAGUCACGGUGGUGGUGGUUACCGCAGUUCUUACCAUGGUGGUGGUGGUGGUGGCAGCAGCAGCAGCAGCGGUGGUGGCAGCGGUGGCGGUUAUGGAUAUGGUGGUGGUUACCGAUCUGCUGCUGCUGCAGGUUAUUAUGACAGCGGUACAGGUGUAGGAGCAGGGUAUGGCUACGGUAGAGGGUAUGGCUAUGGAGGCAAUGCUGGCUUUGGGUCUGGUUUUGGCGGUGGUUAUGGUGGCGCCAUGUAUGGAGGUGCUUAUGGUGCGUAUGGGGCAUACGGUGGUGGUGCCUACGGAGGGGGUGCCUAUGGAGGUGGUGCCUAUGGAGGUGGUGCCUAUGGUGGCGCCCCAGGUGGUUAUGGUACUGGUGGAUACGGCAGUUACGGGGGCGCUGGUGGUGCUGGUGGCGGGAGUGCAGGUGCUCGCGGUUCUAGCAGGUACCAUCCGUAUGGAAAAUAAGCAACAAGUUCAAUCUGUUUUUCUAGGACACAGGAGCAUCCAUCUUCCUCUUGUCUCCUAGAAGUUCAGUCUUCAAAACCUAAUCAGCGGCAUUGGAAUAUUCUUGGGAUGAACUACGUCUUAGCUGGAACAACUGUAAUUGUUGUCGCUGAGCCAGCCCGCCUGCCCGUAGUUUGCUGUAGAAGCUACACAUGAAAGCUGCGUUGUAUUCUUUAGUUUGAUAUGCAGAGCUUAGAAUCUUAAGAACAAGCUUUUGAUGGUAGGAACAGUAUUUGGUGCAGUAGAACUAUAUUUCGUGGUGUAACAUCGACAUUGCCAUGUUGCCAUCUUUGGUGCAGUAGGACCCCUUUAAAGGAUUUGGUUUAAUCUUCUAA